CUCUUUUUCCAACGCCGAAUGUAUACAAACCCUGUGGGACUCCACUUCCAGACUAGUACCAAUUCGCGACCAGACAAGUCAAGACAAUUUCCCAUUCGUCCCGGCAGUCCUUGAAGAUGGCAUCUUCAGUGAAAAUUUGUGCCAGGCGUUCCUUCCGAGAGUUCCUGAAGGAUGUAACCAGGAGUAUCGCAAAAACUCCAGCAGCCCCAAACAGCGAUGCCCUUUCGCGUCAAGAAACCGUUAAUCCUGCUUUGGUUCCCAACAAAUGGAUGAGAUUGCACAGAAUCAGCAACAACAGAGCCCUUUCUACCAUCCAGACCAAAGUAAACCCCAAAUCUUCAGUUUGGACGAUAGUUUCCAAAGAAGAAAGCAGAGAAUUCAUGGCUGUGUUUCCAGACCUCGUCAGAGAUCUGACAGAUGCUGGUCGUCAUACAGACAUCAAGGAAAUAAAUAAAAGAUAUGCAAAAUUGCUCCAGUACAAUGUACCUAGCGGCAAGAAAUCCAGAGGGUUGGCAGUUGUAGGAGCUUAUAAGAUGUUUGAGCAUCCAGAUAGACUUACUCCCGAGAACAUAAGACUGGCGAACAUCCUUGGAUGGUGCGUAGAAAUGCUCUCUGCCAUGUUCGUCAUCAACACAGAUCUCAUAAACCAAGCUGAAAUAAGACGAGAAGCGCCUUGCUGGUACACAAAAAACGAUGUUGGUCUUAUGGCAGUGAACGAUAGCGUCAUGUUACAAGGUGGCAUGUACGCCAUUCUACGCAAAUACUUCUCAGAACACAGCUGCUAUCUGCCCAUCAUGGAACUCCUACACGAUGUCACCCUAAAAAGUUCGAUGGGACACACCUUGGAUAGGUUGUGUAGCAGCCAAGGACUCGAGAUGUUUACAAUGAACAAAUACGACUCUAUCGUCAAAUACAGAAACGCUUAUCUUACGUUUCAGUUACCCGUAGCCUUAGCUAUGUACUUAGCUAACCAUACAGAUGCAGAAAUGCAUAGACAAGCUAAGACUAUACUUCUAGAGAUGGGACACUUCUACCAAGUACAGGAUGACUUCUUGGACUGUUUUGGUGAUGUAUCACUCACUGGAAAACCUUCAAGAUACAUCCAAGAAGGGCGCUGCACUUGGUUGGCCGUGGUUGCCCUACAGAGGGCCUCCCCAAGUCAAAAGGAGCUGCUGGAGGAAUGCUACGGUAAAUCAGAUCCUUCCUGCGUUGAAGCAGUCAAGACCUUGUACCGCCAGCUCGGCCUACCAUGCACAUACACCGUCUUCGAAGAAUCCAGCUACAAUCUGAUCAACACGCACAUACACCAACUGACCAAGGGUCUCCCACACAAGCUGUUCUUCAGGCUCAUGGAAAAAAUCUACAAGAGAGAGUGUUGCAUCUCUGCUGCCUUGGAUAAAACGUCUCCAGAUGUGGCACCUCGAGAUCCAUCCAAAAUUCGUAUUUUGCUUGAAGAAGAGGUUGAACAUUUCAGGUCCUAUUUCUCAGUUUUGAUAAAGGAUUUGACGCACACAAAUUUAAUAACAGACCUUGCUGCUGUGAAGUAUAGACUCAGGAAAAUACUCGAAUAUAACAUAACGACUGGCAAACAAAUAAGACCUGCUAUACACAUCGCAGCCUAUAAGUUUAUUUUAGGAAAGGAUAAACUUUCUGAGGACGAAUUUCGUGAGGCUUCCUUGAUUGCAUGGUGCAUAGAAAUGGUAUCCUCUUAUAUUUUGAUGUUGGAUGAUAUCGUUGACAACUCCGAGACACGAAGAGGAAAAACAGCAUGGUACAAAUUAGAAAACGUAGGACUCAAAGCAAUAAAUGACGCCACUUUGAUUCAAAUGUCAGUUUUUAAAUUACUGGAGAAAUAUUUCUCCACCCACUCACACUAUAAGGACAUUUCUCAGGUUUUCGUCGAUGUUAUGCUGAAAACUAGUGUGGGACAAGUUUUGGACUGCCAAGAAUGGUGCUUUGAAAAUUCCACUCCACAAAUGUUCAACGAAAUUGCGUACAACAAAACAGGAUAUUAUACCUUUUAUUUUCCAUUAGUCACUGCUAUGUUUCUAGCAAAACGUACAGAUUUGGACCUGAACAGAGAAGGUCUAGGUAUUUUUAUGGAAUUGGGAAGAUUUUAUCAGUUACAGAAUGAUUUUUUGGAUGUGUACGGGGAGGCAUAUUCUGGCAAGAUGGGAACGGAUAUUCAGGAAGGCAAGUACUCUUGGCUGAUCAUAAAAGCGAUUGAGAAAGCAUCACCGUAUCAACAGGAGGUGUUGAGAAACUGCUACGGAAGAUGGAACAGCGAUUGCGUCGAGCAAGUUAAAGAUAUUUACGAUCAACUAGAUCUGAAGAGUAUGUUCCACGAGGAAGUUGAGAGUAUAUACCGAAAAAUAUUCGACUCUGCAUCUCGAAUGAGAAGUGAUAUAGCUAAAGAAUUGAUGCUUGGUGUAGCAAGGGUCUGUUUAGGUCACGAGUUUUAUCUCAAAAGAUGACACUAACUGUUUUAACUGUGAUAAGGCACUAAUUGUGAAAUGUUCAGUGAAACUUUUUCGACAUUUAUUUUAUAUAGAUUUGUACAUUCAUUUCAAAUAUUAUAUACAUGGUUUAAAA